GUUGCCGUGGUAACGGAGGUCUCGCUCAGCUGUCCUGAGUAUUUCCGGGGAGCUUCAAAGUCUUCCUUCAAACUUCUGGGACGCCAUGGAGGAUGACGAAGAGAGAAGAACUUUGUUUGACGUGGUUUACGGCAAAAAGUCAGAGAAGAUCGUGCUGCAGCAGCUGACGAUGGUAGCCCAAGUCCCAAGCGAUGCUGCUGAUAGAACAGAACUGGGAGCUCGUUAUGAAAAUCUCAUCGCUCAGUUAACUAAACAGCACAAGUUGGAUUAUGGGAUCACAGGGCUGCUGCUCAUUUACCCCACCUGUCUGCUGCAUAUCAUUGAGGCAUCUGAACAUAUGCUGGAUUGUUUUUUGAACGAAUUCCAAGCCAUGCAGGAACAGCCGGAUUGCACCUUGCUGGAAGCUAAGAUUGUUUUCAUGUGGCAUAGUCCGGAAAGCAGACAGUUCCGGCAAUGGAGCUAUAAGGUGAGCUCUUUACAUCUCUUCCUUGAGGUGCUUAGAGAUGUUUCUGCUGAUAACCAGGUUUCGUUUUUCUCAGCUGUCACCUUUGUGUGUGUAGUUUUGAAGCUGCCUGUCAUCCUGCAGGUGCUGACUGCAAAACAGAUAGAUGACAACCCACUGUUCACCAGGCUUGAAAAAGUGGAGGAGAGCAUAGAGACGGUGGUCUCCCGCGUCCUGACGCCGCUGCAGAAGCUGGUUACGGAUUUAGAAACUUCUAGGGACCUUCCAGGCGCCAUCUUGGAUAAGAAACCAGAGUUUUUGAAUCCACCCGAGCUUUUGGAGCAACUUUUUGACCGAGAUGAACUUUUAAGUCCCAAGCAGUACCUGCAGAUGUAUCACUGCCCCUUAAACAUCCGCAUUAAUUUUGGACAAGUCAAUCUCAGCUCCUUCUUCUAGAGCUUCCAGCUGUCUGUCCGUCCAUCUGUCUGAGCACCAUGAAAAGCAUCCAGUUUACAGUGAAUGUUUGUGUUUAAAGCAAGAGAGCAUGUUGGAAACUAAAUGUGUUAAAUUUAACACUGUUUUUAAAUCACAUCAAGGGUUAAGUUUAACAUUUUCACAUUUAUUUGACCUUUCUUUCCCAGGAUUGAAAGCUGAGCUCAUCAUUUUUACUUUGCGUCUUAAAGUAACUUUUUUGGCAGAUGGAGUCAGUUCAGUCCACUGUUAUUCUUGUUUCAUGGGCAAAUAAUAUUUUAUUGUAAAGCAACUAACAUGAACUAUAAUGUCCUAAUCUGACACAAAUUGAUCUGUCAAUAAUCUGUCGGCAUAUAAAUAGACACAAUGUUACUGAAGAUAUUAAAUCACCUGAACAAGCUGUGAAAUGCUGUAGCUCUGUUUUCAUCAUGAACAUGAUGGCCCUAAUCA